UGAACUAAGUGACCCCUUAGGCUUCAAACUGAAGAUUAUUUGAAGAAAUUUGGCCAAGUGGUUUUACCCUUUGGUCUUUUCGUUAUUUUCCCCCUCGAUUGAUUUUGUUUUUCUCAGUCACAAGUAUCUCCAAUCAAAGAACAGCCAGAGUAAUUUACAGGCUAGUAUCAGCGGCAGAUUUUUACGGUUUCCACAAUUGAAGGCUAUUUUUACCACCCAGGAAGCGAUAUGUGGCUCUGAUUCCCUGUUUUUUAUUAGUACGCUAAAUUACAAUGCCAUUGAACUAGAUUCCAAUAUUUUUUAUUUAACUUUCAUUAAAACUGACAAAAAAAUUUUCAGUUCUAAGCUAAGCGACUUCGAACUUAGGUUCUUGUUUAAUAUAGAAACCUCACGAAGAGUGGUACCCAAAUACUAAAAACAAGUCGCAGUAAAAACAACUAGCACAAUGUAAGCAAAGCGACAACUCACAAUGAUUGCAAUUUAGCUUAAAUCGUGUCAUCGGCAAGUGGUGACUGCUAGCUCCGCUUCGCUUUGCUGUGCUUACUUUCGAUGCGAGAACACAAUUGAAAAAAUUAGAAACCGCCUAUUCCAUCAAAAUUACGAAGUUCAACAGAAAAUAUGAAUACUACUUCUACAAAUUCUUUUCAAGCAGCAUAAACAGCCAAUUUUCAUCGAUCAUAGCAAAGUCGUUUAAGAGUUGGAUACAAUUAAUUGUUACUUGAUAUCCAAGUGUUCGUUAUGUCUGCGGAUAGUAAUAAGCCGUCGGAAGAAUCGGAGGCUUAUCGGAAGCAGUAUCAUCAACUUGUGUUCACUCUUCUGUUCUUCGCGUGUCUUUUACUGUCUCUUAUGGCAUCUGUUGUUGUAUCUGGUCACAAGUUCAUUACCACUGAAGAAACAGUCACAGAGAAAGUGUCUAUUGUGACAGAGCAUGACAAAGUCGCCAUCAUAUUUUUUGGAGUUGGCAACUAUCUGGAGUUAUGCAGUCUCAUUUUCCUACAGCCUGGAUCCCUGGAAAUUGACACUCUGUUCGCCAAAGGGGUUCCCUGUCAAGGUCAACAAAUUAACAUUCCACUCAACUCCAGUGACAUACAAUACCUAAAAGAUCACCCGCUUAAUGGAACUGCAGACUUCGAUUCUUAUAUCAACUCCUACAUUUUGAACCAUUUCGCUAAUGUGACGGCCUCCCACCAAAGUGGUGAGAGAUCAGAGAUGAAUCUAACGAUAACAGUGAUUGAGGGUCCCUCUCUGUGGCAGGAGAAGGAAACUGUCUACGCCAAAAUCAGGUCCCCCAAAGAUGACUUCCUCCAACCCAUGUACCUACUCAUGCAGUCGCAACAAACAGAAGACAGCUUCAAAUCAAUGCAGACCUCCAUCAGCUCAUCGUAUAACCUCGAAGCCCUCUUCUCUUUCAAUGAUUUCAUCAGCAAAGAGAUGACGUCAUUCCGACUAGUCGCUAGUGAGACUGCGACUAUGUUCACAAUGAAUGAUGCCACCAUACUGCAUGAACAUAAACAAGUUACCAUGCGGAAGAUUCACGCAGAG